UCAAGCCCCUCACCGACAUCAUCUUCAUCGAUGGAAGCCUCCUUCGAGCCUGGCCAGAUCCCAAAGGGUUGAUCCAUCUCUUUGUUCUUAAAAUGUAUGUCCACUUCACACAAAUUAGACGGAUUUUAAUAUUUUCUAAAAAUGUUUUUUAUUUCCGUGCCAACGGUUUGCAAAGCCUUCUCCAAAAAUCUACACGGAUUCAUACACCACAAGUGGAGGAGUAUCUCACUUUGUAAAAAUUAAAUCAUAUACCUACUGGAAGUAAAAAUUAACCCUGUGUGUUUUAAUCUGUUUAUCGAUAAAUCUGCGUUUUAAUGAUAUUAACAAGAUUAGGGUCAACUUUAUCCAAUAAAACCCGACGGUAUAAAAGCGGUGGUUGUGGUGGAAUGUGAAUCUGUGCACUGAAAAUGAUUUCGCGUAACUCGACCCUUCCUCUCUUCCAAGCCAGUUCUCGCCCAAACAACCUCGCGUGGAAUGUGCCCAAAGAAGAGCUCAUCCACAUCCCCGAGCACUGGCUCAUUUACCCAGAACCCGAAGCCUCGAUCCACUUCUUGCUGGGGUUAGUCUACGUCGGGUUCUUCCUCAUGGCGACGAUCGGCAACGGCUUGGUCAUCUGGAUUUUUUCCUCAGCUAAACCUCUUCGCACCGCCUCCAACAUGUUCGUGGUCAAUUUAGCCUUCUGCGACUUCGCCAUGAUGAUCAAAACCCCCAUUUUUAUCUACAAUUCGUUUUAUAGAGGAUAUGCGCUGGGUCACCUGGGGUGCCAAAUUUUUGCCUUCAUUGGUUCUCUGUCCGGGAUUGGGGCAGGAAUGACCAACGCUUGCAUAGCCUACGACCGGUACACCACCAUCACUAACCCAUUUGAUGGUAAAAUCACCAGAACUAAAGCUUUGGUGAUGAUUGUGGCCGUGUGGGUGUACACCACUCCAUGGGCUGUCCUACCGUUACUGGAAAUUUGGGGAAGAUUCGUGCCAGAGGGAUUUUUAACGUCGUGCUCUUUUGACUACCUCACCAACACCUUCGACAACCACGUGUUCGUCAUAGUCAUCUUCACGUGCUCCUACGUGAUCCCCAUGACCUUAAUCAUCUACUUCUACAGCCAGAUCGUGAGUAAAGUGUUCAGUCAUGAGAAAGCUCUUCGGGAACAAGCUAAAAAAAUGAACGUGGAGUCUUUGCGGAGUAACCAAUCGCCGGCUUCUCAGUCGGCUGAGCUAAGGAUAGCCAAGGCCGCGAUUGCCAUUUGUUCGUUGUUCGUGGCUUCUUGGACUCCGUAUGCCGUUCUUGCUCUGAUCGGGGCUUUCGGUGAUCAGGCGUUGUUGACUCCUGGUGUCACGAUGGUUCCUGCGUGUGCUUGUAAGUUUGUGGCUUGUUUGGACCCCUACGUCUACGCUAUAAGCCACCCCAGAUACAGGGUGGAACUGCAGAAACGUCUACCUUGGCUUGCUAUAAAGGAGUCGGAAGGUGAUUCUCAGUCUGCAGUCACUCAAAGUAGUGUUACUCAGAGUACGACUCAGCCGGCGAGUACUUAGAAAAGGAGGGGGGUGGUUUAAAACCAUUGGUGAGUUGAUUUGAGGCUAUGUCCAUGGAUGAUGAAUGCCCAAAAUUUGUGUUAAACUUUACCUAUAAGGUUUCAAUAAAGUUCCUGACUAAUCA